AUGGUGCAGAGGUGGACUGCAAGGACGCCUUUGAUGUUUGCAGCAUCUCUUGGCGAUUGCGACAUCGUGAAGAUCUUGCUUGACAAAAACGCUUCCAUCAACGAGUUUGCCAGUCCGCACGACUGGAAUCCACUCUGUUGUGCGCUCCAAGCCAACAACAAAGAUGUGGUGCGCAUUCUUCUCGAUGUCGAGACCUUACGAUGGGAGUACAUUUUUGGUGGGAGAGUGCAGAGGAAUUGA